AUGGACAAGUCAACAGCAGGGAUGAACAAGCCAAGUUCUCGGUCGACGACAUCUCUGCCCCCUGAGCCAGGGGAUAUAGUGCGGAGUAUGGCUUGCUACCGCCGGGUGAAGCUUAACGUCGGGGGUCUUCCGCAUGAGGUCUUGUGGAGAACCCUCGACCGCCUGCCACGCACAAGGCUGGGAAAACUGAGGGACUGCAAAACGCACGACACUCUCAUGGAGGUUUGCGACGAUUACAGCUUGGACGACAACGAGUACUUCUUCGAUCGACACCCUGGCGCGUUCACGUCCAUCCUCAACUUCUAUCGCACUGGUAAACUGCACAUGAUGGAGGAAAUGUGCGCGCUCUCGUUCAGCCAGGAGUUGGACUACUGGGGUGUGGACGAGAUCUACCUGGAGUCCUGUUGCCAGGCGCGCUACCACCAGAAGAAAGAGCAGAUGAACGAGGAGCUGAAGCGCGAGGCUGACACCUUGAAAGACCGAGAGGGCGAGGAGUUUGACAACACGUGCUGCGCCGAAAAGCGCAAGAAACUUUGGGACCUUCUCGAGAAGCCAGGAUCUUCUGUUGCAGCGAAGAUCUUGGCCAUCAUCUCCAUCCUCUUCAUCGUGCUGUCCACCAUCGCGCUGUCCCUCAACACCUUGCCUGAGCUGCAGGAGACGGACGAGUAUGGCCAGGCCACGGACAACCCGCAGCUGGCCCACAUCGAGGCCGUGUGCAUCGCCUGGUUCACCAUGGAGUACCUGCUGCGCUUCCUCUCCUCGCCCAACAAGUGGAAGUUCUUCAAGGGCCCGCUGAACGUCAUCGACCUGCUGGCCAUCCUGCCGUACUACGUAACCAUCUUCCUGACUGAGUCCAACAAGAGCGUGCUGCAGUUCCAGAACGUGCGGCGCGUGGUGCAGAUCUUCCGCAUCAUGCGGAUACUGAGGAUCCUGAAGCUGGCCCGGCACUCCACGGGGCUCCAGUCGCUUGGGUUCACCCUGAGGCGGAGCUACAACGAGCUGGGCCUGCUCAUCCUGUUCCUGGCCAUGGGCAUCAUGAUCUUCUCCAGCCUGGUCUUCUUCGCCGAGAAGGACGAGGACGACACCAAGUUCAAGAGCAUCCCAGCCUCCUUCUGGUGGGCCACCAUCACUAUGACGACCGUCGGCUACGGCGACAUCUACCCCAAGACGUUGCUAGGGAAGAUCGUGGGCGGUCUCUGCUGCAUCGCCGGGGUGCUGGUGAUCGCGCUGCCUAUACCCAUCAUCGUCAACAACUUCUCGGAGUUCUACAAGGAGCAGAAAAGGCAGGAGAAGGCCGUCAAGAGGCGGGAGGCCCUGGAGCGGGCCAAGAGGAACGGCAGCAUUGUGUCCAUGAACGUGCGGGAGGCCCUGUCUCGGGGCCAUGAACUCAUGGACGUGGUGGUGGAGGAGGAGGAGGAGGUGGUGCGGACAGACCAUGAUAACCACCUGUCUCCCAGCCGCUGGAAGUGGUCCAACAAGCGACCCGCAGUGGACACCACCUCCAACCGCUCCUUCAACAUGGAGCAUGGCUCCCCAAGCAAGGUGCGAGGUCACGGUCACGGGGAUGGCGGUGGUGCCCGGGAAGCCAGCCCCCAGCACCUCAGCGCGCAGAAGCUGGAGGAGAUCUACAACCAGAUGGCCAAGACCCAGUCGCAGCCCAACCUCAACAGCAACAACCGGGGAGCCAACGCCGCCGGACGAGCCUCCGGAGAGGAGCUGGAGCUGGGCUCUCUACCAGGCCCCGACGGCCACCACCACAACGCCCUGUCGGACAUGAAGAGCCUGUCGAGCAUUGACAGCUACAUCAGCUGUGCCACGGACUUCCAGGAGACCUACAGGGGAGGGUUCCCCUACAGCCCGGCGGGCAACCUGGCACAGCAGCAGGAGCAGAGCCACCACCGCUUCUCCCACAGCCCUGCUGCCAACAAGCGGCCGCCCUGCCUGCAGACUCCCCGGGAGCACCACCACCACGAGCCGGCCCUGCUCACACCACCCUGCCCCAGCAGCAUCAGACCCCCGGGCACCGAGGGCAUCAGGUAUCUGGGGAAGGCUGGCCACAGGGUCAGGUACUACAGUGGGACUGGUGGAGGUGGAGCUCCAGGUCCAGGUGGUGGUGGUGGUGGUGUGGAGUCCAGUCCUGCUAGCGGGGGAGGCGGCCCCCAGUCGGACAGCUCGGUGCUGUCGGACCGCUCGCUGCUGAGCCCCGAGGCCUCGGUCUACACCACUGCCAGCAGCACCCGCUCACCGCCCGAGGGCCCAGACGGAGCCAGGCCCGGGCCCGGGCCGGGGGGACCGGCGCCGGCCGUCUUCACCUUCCACGACGCCUCCAUCAGCCGCUACAUCGACGCCGACACGGACGAUGAGGAGCACCGGCCCACGGACCGGCUGCUGGCUGCCGGUACCGGUGGUGGUGCUGGUGGUGGUGGUACCACGUCCAAAUUGGUCUACUCAUCUCUUGGGGGAACCAACCAUUUGGACGCAGCCCAGAGGCUGCUGGGACAGGGACAGAACUGCCUGCUGCUUCCGGAAGGUCGCCAAGGCAACAGCAACAGCAGUCAGGAGAAUCAUCUGGGCUCGGAUCAGCUACGGAGGGCCAGAGGGAUCAGAUCGGGACGCGCACAGACCUAUGCCGACAACCACUGA